AUGAAGCCCAAUGAUACGGAGCUGAAGCUGUUAUCCGAAAUAAUGCAGUUGAAGAUGAAACUAGAGUUAAGUCGUCGAGCUGCUCGUGAAUCAAAUCUCAAAGGCCUCGUGAGCGAUUCCAGUCUGCCAGUUUAUUCAGACCUCCCAACACUUACACCCGUUUUUACCCUUCGCGCACAUUCCACCAAGGUUCACGAUGUAGUAUGGAGUGAUACGGAUCAGUAUUUGCUCACUGUCGGUGCUGAGGGACUAAUCGUCGUUUGGGACACAACGGCUGGUUUGAUCCACAAUGUACUGGACGGCACCUCCAUUCAGCCUGUCACAGCAGCCUCUUCGGGUGACGCUCGACAGGUAUUCUGUGGUGGUCUUUGUGCCAAUGUCGUCCUGUUCCAAAGUAUACAUCAGUCAGCAGAUGAAGGUUAUUCAAUCUACGAGAACCAGUUUGUCUACGAACAUUCAAGCCAAGUAAAUUCCAUUCGGCUACUAGCUGGAAGCAAGUUACUAACUGGUGCUGCUAAUGACGGGGCACUUUUAUGGGAUAUUGAAUCGGUAAAAGUAACAGGAAGGUACGCACACAAUCUGUGUGCCAUCGAGUGUUUAAGUUUACUAAGCGGAUCCGAAGAAGCGAAUAUCUUUCUCACGGGUGCAAGUGAUGGGCAGAUUAGACAGUGGGAUAUUCGUCAACCCGGAUCAUUGGUUUCAGUGUUUGAAUCACAUACAUCCACAGUCAAUUGUAUCCGACCUUUGCCAAAUGGGUAUAACUUUGUAUCUGGAUCCGAAGACACGGAGAUUCAUUUGUAUGACACAAGAACUGAUGUGAUCUUGGCUACCUAUUCUGACCCCCACUAUCCUGUAAGUCAUGCAUCACUUACUGAACCCGACACUAUAUCCAUUGCACACAGUGAAGAUCCACCCGGUUUUGAGAGUGCUGGUGUGUCAGACAUCGCCGUAUCCCCUUCGGGACGACUCUUAAUCAGUGGAUGCAAAGACUGGGGUGUCUACUAUUGGGAUGUCGCCCAACCAAGUCGAUGGAUUCAUUAUGAAGCUGAAAUAGGCCCUGUUAUUCGCGUAGCUAUGUCAAACAGGAAAAACGCUCUCGCAAUGAUGACAUGGGAUCCAAAGACGAGGAUACGAAUAAUGAGGCCGCACUGA